CACAACCCCUCACCAGCUUUAAACUGAGAGACUUCUGAUCUGACUUCUGAGCAACAUGGCUAAAGGGUUGAUGCUGCUCUCUGUUGUGGUGGCUACUCUAUACGUAAGCCAAGGCUCAACCUCUGAGAAUCAGCGGCUCUUCAACAACGCAGUCAUCCGGGUGCAACACCUUCAUCAGCUGGCUGCCAAGAUGAUAACUGAUUUCGAGGAACGUCUGCUACCUGAUGAACGCAGACAGCUGAGCAAGAUUUUCCCCCUGUCCUUCUGCAACUCUGACUCCAUUGAAGCCCCCACUGGCAAGGAUGAGACCCAGAAAAGCUCUGUUCUGCAAUUGCUUUACAUCUCAUACCGCCUGAUCGAGUCUUGGGAGCACCCCAGCAGGAACCUCGGAAACCUUAACCAGAUUACAGAGAAGCUGGCUGACCUGAAAUUGGGCAUCAGUGUGCUUAUUGACGGAUGUCAGGAUGGCCAACUCACCGUGAAUGACGUGAAUGACUCCCUGCCCCUACCGUUUGAAGACUUUUACCAGACCUUGGGCGAAAGCGACCUCAGAAAGAGCUUCCGUCUGCUGGCCUGCUUCAAGAAGGACAUGCACAAGGUGGAAACCUAUCUGAGGGUGGCCAACUGCAGGAGGUCCCUUGAUUCUAACUGCACCCUGUAGGGGACAAGAAAGAUGCGAUUAUCCACAGCCUGUGAUCUGCUUGCCUUUUUGAAACUUUUUGAAAUCUAAAUUUGGACCAGCUGCAAAAGCCAGUUAAUUAAAACUGCGGUCAGGUGUGGCUAAUGUACUUGUCUCUACAGAGUUUCUUCUCUAAUAUAUCUCUGUAUUUAUUUUGCUUGCCAAAGAAAACCCAUGCAUUCAUGAGUAAGAUUCAUUAGUAAAUGUCAUUUUUUUCUGUCUCUGCAACUGAGGUUGGAAAUGGGACAUAUUUCAGAGUGGUGCUAUGCAAAUAUGCCUUUAAAAGAAUAUAUUUUACUUGAUUUACUGGAUAUAGUUUUUUGGUUGUUAAUUAGAAAAUUGUUGAAUAUAAAGACAAAAAAGGUUUAUUAAAAGGAAAUUAAACAAUAUUAACUUUGGUUGAAUGAAAAAGUUCCGGUGUAAAUGUGAAACACAUAUAGCAUUUAUUUUUAAAUUAAAGGUUUUAUUCUUAACUUAAAAAUUACCUCCAACUAUUCUUAUGUAUAAUGCUUUGUGCUGCUGUGUUUAUGAUUUUCCAAUAAAGCUGUUCUCUGUAGUAUAUCAUAA